AUGAGUCGGGUCCUGGCAAAGCUGGACCCUCGGCGAGUCCAGUGGUCAGCCUUCAGCUCCCGAAUCCUCCGGACCAAACCUGUAGAGUCCAUGCUGGACAGCUCGGCUAGCACAGCGGGCACAGGUCCACACGGCACCAGGCUGGCGCGAGUGCUGACCACAGUGGAUCUAGUCUCUCUGGGAGUGGGCAGCUGUGUUGGGACAGGCAUGUAUGUGGUCUCCGGGCUGGUUGCUAAGGAAAUGGCCGGCCCAGGGGUCAUCGUGUCUUUCAUCAUCGCCGCUGUGGCCUCCAUACUGUCAGGUGUGUGUUAUGCUGAAUUCGGUGUGCGGGUGCCAAAGACCACAGGCUCUGCCUACACCUACAGCUAUGUGACGGUGGGCGAGUUCGUGGCAUUCUUUAUUGGCUGGAAUCUGAUCCUGGAGUACCUGAUUGGCACGGCAGCGGGAGCCAGUGCCCUCAGCAGCAUGUUCGACUCUCUGGCCAAUCACAGCAUUAGCAGCUUCAUGAUCAGCCACGUAGGAACCCUGAAUGGACUGGGUAAAGGUGAGCAGUCAUACCCAGACAUUCUGGCCUUGAUCAUUGCUAUCCUGGUCACAGUAAUUGUGGCUCUGGGGGUAAAGAACUCUGUGGGCUUCAACAAUGUCCUGAAUGUCAUCAACCUGAUGGUGUGGGUCUUCAUGAUGAUUGCAGGACUUUUCUUCGUCAGUGGAGCAAACUGGGACGAAGGACGAUUUCUGCCAUUCGGCUGGUCAGGGGUGAUGCAGGGUGCUGCCACCUGCUUCUAUGCCUUUAUUGGGUUUGACAUCAUCGCCACGACAGGAGAGGAGGCCAAAAGCCCGAACACGUCCAUCCCGUACGCCAUCACCGCAUCACUGGUCACCUGCCUGACCGCAUAUGUCUCUGUGAGUGUUAUUCUCACUCUGAUGGUGCCGUACACAGAGAUCGACGCUGAUGCUCCACUGAUGGAGAUGUUCUCUCUGCACGGCUUUCAGGCAGCCAAAUACAUCGUGGCCAUCGGCUCCAUCGCUGGACUGACUGUCAGCCUGCUGGGGUCACUCUUCCCCAUGCCCAGGGUCAUCUACGCCAUGGCUGGAGACGGCCUGCUAUUCAGGUUCUUGGCCCAUGUGAGCGCUUACACGGAGACUCCAGUCGUGGCCUGCAUUGUGUCUGGGUUUCUUGCUGCCCUGCUGGCUUUGUUGGUCAGUCUGCGUGACCUGAUCGAGAUGAUGUCCAUCGGCACCCUGCUGGCCUACACUUUAGUGUCAGUGUGCGUGCUGCUGCUUCGCUACCAACCUGAGAGUGACAUCCACGGCUUCGUUAACUUCCUGUCUGAGGAGAAUGCCAAGAGGAAGGGGGAGGGGGUGCUGGCCGAAUGCGAGAAGGAUGCAUGUUCUCCAGUUAGCGAAGGUGAAGAGUAUGGAGGUCCGCCGACUAAUACCUGUGGGGCCAAGAAUCUGCCAUCGUUGGGCGACAACGAAAUGCUGAUUGGCAAGUCGGAUAAAUCCAGCUACACAGCCACCCAUCCAAACUACGGUACAGUGGACAUGUCCUCGGGCAUCGAGUCGGACGAGACAGAAAGUGUCUACCUUCAGAAGCUAAAGAAGCUAAUGGGGCCUCGCUAUUACACUAUGCGAAUCCGCUUAGGUUUGCCAAGUAAAAUGGACCGACCGACGCCAUCUACUGGCCGAACAGUCACCCGCUGCGUUCUCCUCCUCUUCAUCCUCAUCUUUGGCUUCUGUUCACUCAUCAUAUUUGGUGCGAGCUGCAUUGCAGAGCGUCGCUGGUGGGCCAUAGUGCUGCUAGUGUUGUUAGUGCUGGUCAUCACAUUGCUAGUCUUCAUCAUUAUCCAGCAGCCUGAGAACCCCAAGCGUCUGCCCUACAUGGCGCCCUGUGUGCCCUUCGUCCCAGCAUCCGCUAUGCUGGUCAACGUGUAUCUUAUGCUUAAGCUGUCCAGCAUCACCUGGAUCCGCUUUGCCGUCUGGUGUUUUGUGGGUUUGUUGAUCUACUUCGGCUACGGCAUGUGGAACAGCACCCUGGAGAUCACUGCCUUGGAGGAGGAAGUCCAUGCUAGCACGUACCAGCGUUACGACAUGGGGGUAGACGACAACUUCGCUGUGGAUGAUGACCUUUACCCCUCAGGCGGAGGCUGGAGACCCCAGAGCCAGGGGGCCAAGCACCAGUCGCCCCGGGAGAACAGGGACCCCAAGGAGGCUCCGACGGACGGCCUGGACAGUCUAGAGAACCACAGGACCUCCUCAUCCCACAGCAGAGCCAAAAGCAAAGCCGGUAAAUCUGUCCCAGGCUUCGAGGCGCUGGUGGUGGACGACGACUUGGACGACCCACUGGAAUGAGAAUGUAAUGCUGAGUGUGUCCACAGAACCUGCAGAAACCCUUGGGCUAGAUGGUUACCUCUCCACAGCCAAUUCUCACUUUUAUUUCACUUCUGUUUUUCAUUUAUAUAUUUAUUUAUUUAUUUGCUGUUGUUCUUCACUGUCUGGGAUCACAAGCUUCUCCUUCAACUAUACCUGCAUAUUCUUUGCUCAUUCUGAGAUUCUUAUCACAUAAUGUGUACUUACUCCAAAGAUGGAGAUGCUCUUCACUUUCCUUUACGUUCUACAUUUGCCUCUCCUUACAACUGCCACCCGACUCUCGUUUGAUACCAUCAGAUUCACUGAGCACGUAAACAUUCCCAGUUAUUGCAGUAAUAUUCAUCAUAUGUUGAAGCUUUUGAAGAUGCACUUCCCUGUUAACUAUCACAGUCUCACAGCUUUUCCGGAAACGAGCCACUGAUGGCCUGCAGGAAGCUGUCAGGCAGUGAAGGUUAGAGCAUUUUCCUGCUGUUAGGUCGGAAUGUACCACUGCAUGAACAGUUGCCAGAUUUUGCUACUAGGGUCCAACUGUCCUGUCUUCUUUUGUCUUUUUAAAGCGGCAGCGCGUCCCAAAUGUGGUUGAUCAGCCAAGAUAUAUUUGGUAUCUGAAGGUGUUUCUUUAGUUUUAGCCCUGGAGCCAUAAGGCUAAUGUUGCCAACAAGCAAUGGAAGGUAAAAAUCCAAAAAUUUGUAUCUUUGCCUGAAUUUAGUCCACAUUUAUAUGGACUAAGAGUGUCAGAAAUCUAUUUUUGAUGUUACUUAACAACUCAACAUAAUAACUGAGGCAUGUUAUUUGGUGCACAGCUUCUAUUACUUGUUAGUGACAUUAGUAUCUUAUCUGAUCAACUGAGUUUGCCAAACUGCCCUUUUAAGAAGGCGAAAACAGAUGUUAUAGCCAUAAAAUGCUCCGCCCCCUCGCUGAGCCGAUUUUGUGCUGCUGACUGUUUUCCACAAAAGCCUGAGUGCGAACUGCAAGACUGUCUUCACAUCAUCCGAAGUCAUCCUCCACUUCCGCUCCGACGUCUAGCCCAAGAGGUGGCCACAAGUAGUGAUCGGACUUUGCUUGCGAUAGUGCCUUCAUCCGUCAGUGUGCGCUUUAUCUCUGAUCAUCACAACGCUCAUGCUUGUCUGGUCUACUUACAUCUGUGUCUUUCUUUUUCUUUGUCUUUUCUUUUUUGUGAAGUAAACGGCAUGAUACCAGC